UCCUCAGCUUGAUGACUGUCCAGUUGACGUCAUCAUCCCUGUCAGCUCAUCGGCCAAUCAGGUACAUCACAGGUGGACUCCUCCAAUGGCCUCUGACAACUCUGGUCGUCAAGUGGAUGUGACGUUCAGUUGCUCAGCAGCCACAGCCAGUGACUGCAACCAAGCUGGAAUUGGAACCUUUUCAGUCGGAGUUUCCACGAUUACAUACAAAGCUGAAGAUGCAUCUGGGAAUGAGAACGUUUGCACGUUUACUGUGACGGUUACAGCUGUGGAAUUCGUUUGCCCAGCAAAUAUCUCGGUAAUAGCGAGUCCUGGCUUGAACAGUACCAGUGUUAGCUGGUCGGAACCGGAUCUAACAGGAUGGGACGGACCUACAAACUUCACUUCAAGCUCAAAUCCUGGUGUUGAGUUGUUGAUAGGAACUCACCAAGUAGACUUCCAACAAUGUUUUGAGGCAUAUAACCUGAACUUGGAGUGUUCGUUCUUUGUAGUGGUAUUAGACAACGAGCCUCCUCAGCUUGAUGACUGUCCAGCUGACGUCAUCAUCCCUGUCAGCUCAUCGGCCAAUCAGGUACAUCACAGGUGGACACCUCCAAUGGCCUCUGACAACUCUGCUCGUGAAGUGGAUGUGACGUUCAGUUGCUUAGCAGCCACAGCCAGUGACUGCAACCAAGCUGGAAUUGGAACCUUUUCAGUCGGAGUUUCCACGAUUACGUACAAAGCUGAAGAUGCGUCUGGGAAUAAGAACAGUUGCACGUUUACUGUGACGGUUAAAGCUGUGGAAUUCGUUUGCCCAGCAAAUAUCUCGGUAACAGCGAGUCCUGGCUUGAACAGUACCAAUGUUAGCUGGUCGGAACCGGAUCUAACUGGAUGGGACGGACCUACAAACUUCACUUCAAGCUCAAAUCCUGGUGUUGAGUUGUUGGUAGGAACUCACCGAGUAGACUUCCAACAAUAUGUUGAGGCAUAUAACCUGAACUUGGAGUGUUCGUUCUUUGUAGCGGUAUUAGACAACGAGCCUCCUCAGCUUGAUGACUGUCCAGCUGACGUCAUCAUCCCUGUCAGCUCAUCGGCCAAUCAGGUACAUCACAGGUGGACACCUCCAAUGGCCUCUGACAACUCUGCUCGUGAAGUGGAUGUGACGUUCAGUUGCUUAGCAGCCACAGCCAGUGACUGCAACCAAGCUGGAAUUGGAACCUUUUCAGUCGGAGUUUCCACGAUUACGUACAGAGCUGAAGAUGCGUCUGGGAAUACGAACAGUUGCACGUUUACUGUGACGGUUAAAGCUGUGGAAUUCGUUUGCCCAGCAAAUAUCUCGGUAACAGCGAGUCCUGGCUUGAACAGUACCAAUGUUAGCUGGUCGGAACCGGAUCUAACUGGAUGGGACGGACCUACAAACUUCACUUCAAGCUCAAAUCCUGGUGUUGAGUUGUUGAUAGGAACUCACCAAGUAGACUUCCAACAAUAUUUUGAGGCAUAUAACCUGAACUUGGAGUGUUCGUUCUUUGUAGUGGUAUUAGACAACGAGCCUCCUCAGCUUGAUGACUGUCCAGCUGACGUCAUCAUCCCUGUCAGCUCAUCGGCCAAUCAGGUACAUCACAGGUGGACACCUCCAAUGGCCUCUGACAACUCUGGUCGUCAAGUGGAUGUGACGUUCAGUUGCUUAUCAGCCACAGCCAGUGACUGCGACCAAGCUGGAAUUGGAACCUUUUCAGUCGGAGUUUCCACGAUUACGUACAAAGCUGAAGAUGCGUCUGGGAAUGAGAACGGUUGCACGUUUACUGUGACGGUUACAGCUGUGGAAUUCGUUUGCCCAGCAAAUAUCUCGGUAGUAGCGAGUCCUGGCUUGAACAGUGCCAGUGUUAGCUGGUCGGAACCGGAUUUAAAUGGAUGGGACGGACCUACAAACUUCACUUCAAGCUCAAAUCCUGGUGUUGAGUUGUUGAUAGGAACUCACCAAGUUGACUUCCAACAAUAUUUUGAGGCAUAUAACCUCAACUUGGAGUGUUCGUUCUUUGUCGUAGUAUUAGACAACGAGCCUCCUCAGCUUGAUGACUGUCCAGCUGACGUCAUCAUCCCUGUCAGCUCAUCGGCCAAUCAGGUACAUCACAGGUGGACACCUCCAAUGGCCUCUGACAACUCUGCUCGUGAAGUGGAUGUGACGUUCAGUUGCUUAGCAGCCACAGCCAGUGACUGCAACCAAGCUGGAAUUGGAACCUUUUCAGUCGGAGUUUCCACGAUUACGUACAGAGCUGAAGAUGCGUCUGGGAAUACGAACAGUUGCACGUUUACUGUGACGGUUAAAGCUGUGGAAUUCGUUUGCCCAGCAAAUAUCUCGGUAACAGCGAGUCCUGGCUUGAACAGUACCAAUGUUAGCUGGUCGGAACCGGAUCUAACUGGAUGGGACGGACCUACAAACUUCACUUCAAGCUCAAAUCCUGGUGUUGAGUUGUUGAUAGGAACUCACCAAGUAGACUUCCAACAAUAUUUUGAGGCAUAUAACCUGAACUUGGAGUGUUCGUUCUUUGUAGUGGUAUUAGACAACGAGCCUCCUCAGCUUGAUGACUGUCCAGCUGACGUCAUCAUCCCUGUCAGCUCAUCGGCCAAUCAGGUACAUCACAGGUGGACACCUCCAAUGGCCUCUGACAACUCUGCUCGUGAAGUGGAUGUGACGUUCAGUUGCUUAGCAGCCACAGCCAGUGACUGCAACCAAGCUGGAAUUGGAACCUUUUCAGUCGGAGUUUCCACGAUUACGUACAAAGCUGAAGAUGCGUCUGGGAAUAAGAACAGUUGCACGUUUACUGUGACGGUUAAAGCUGUGGAAUUCGUUUGCCCAGCAAAUAUCUCGGUAGUAGCGAGUCCUGGCUUGAACAGUGCCAGUGUUAGCUGGUCGGAACCGGAUUUAAAUGGAUGGGACGGACCUACAAACUUCACUUCAAGCUCAAAUCCUGGUGUUGAGUUGUUGAUAGGAACUCACCAAGUUGACUUCCAACAAUAUUUUGAGGCAUAUAACCUCAACUUGGAGUGUUCGUUCUUUGUCGUAGUAUUAGACAACGAGCCUCCUCAGCUUGAUGACUGUCCAGCUGACGUCAUCAUCCCUGUCAGCUCAUCGGCCAAUCAGGUACAUCACAGGUGGACACCUCCAAUGGCCUCUGACAACUCUGCUCGUGAAGUGGAUGUGACGUUCAGUUGCUUAUCAGCCACAGCCAGUGACUGCAACCAAGCUGGAAUUGGAACCUUUUCAGUCGGAGUUUCCACGAUUACGUACAAAGCUGACGAUGCGUCUGGGAAUACGAACAGUUGCACGUUUACUGUGACGGUUACAGCUGUGGAAUUCGUUUGCCCAGCAAAUAUUUCGGUAAUAGCGAGUCCUGGCUUGAACAGUACCAGUGUUAGCUGGUCGGAACCGGAUCUAACUGGAUGGGACGGACCUACAAACUUCACUUCAAGCUCAAAUCCUGGUGUUGAGUUGUUGAUAGGAACUCACCAAGUUGACUUCCAACAAUAUUUUGAGGCAUAUAACCUCAACUUGGAGUGUUCGUUCUUUGUCGUGGUAUUAGACAACGAGCCUCCUCAGCUUGAUGACUGUCCAGCUGACGUCAUCAUCCCUGUCAGCUCAUCGGCCAAUCAGGUACAUCACAAGUGGACUCCUCCAAUGGCCUCUGACAACUCUGGUCGUCAAGUGGAUGUGGCGUUCAGUUGCUUAGCAGCCACAGCCAGUGACUGCGACCAAGCUGGAAAUGGAACGUUUUCAGUCGGAGUUUCCACGAUUACGUACAGAGCUGAAGAUGCAUCUGGGAAUGAGAACGGUUGUACGUUUACUGUGACGGUUACAGUUGUGGAACUCUUCUGCCCAGCAACUGUCUCAGCAUUAGCAAGUCCUGGCUCGACAAGCACCAGUGUGAGCUGGUCGGAACCGGAUCUUACUGGAUGGGACGGACCGACAAACUUCACCUCAAACAACAUUCCUGGUGUUAGAUUCUUGAUAGGAACUCACCGAGUAGACUAUCAGCAAUGCUUUGCAGCAUACAACCUGCACUUGGAUUGUUCAUUCUUUGUUGAGGUACAAGGUCAAUGCCCAACCAACACAACCAAUGACGGUCUGAGAUGGCCUGUAGCAGUAGCUGGAUCCACUGCCAAGUCUGUACAGCGAUGUUCACUGACCACUGCAAAUGCUGGUCAAGCCAUAGCUGUCCGGAACUGUUCAAAGUUAAAGCCGCCUCUGUACUUCCGAUGGGACGAACAGGAGACUCGUGAAUGCGGGGAGGUCCAGGAGGAAGUCUCUCUCAAUGACGUGGUGGAGGUUGAGGUUAGCAAAGGCAACGCAAUCGAAGUGGCCGAGUUUCUUGCCAAUCAGACGUCAGAGUCAUCUAAGGAGGCUGAAGAUGUUGAGGUUGUUGCCAAUAUUUUGAAGAACAUCGCAAAAGCAGAAUCGGGGGACACGGAGGUGACAGAACUAGUGCUAGAGACUGUCAGCAAUGUCAUCAUGAGUGUCGGGCCUGAAACCCCUGAUGACUUCAAGCCCACUACGAUAGAAGCUAGUACCUCCUCAGCCAUUGUAAAAUCUGUAGAGACUCAAAUCUCCUUGACACUUCAGCAAGAGGGUAAAGUCAGUAUACGUCAGGACUCCAUUCACGUGGAGGCAGUCAGUCUUGACCCAAACCUGGCUAGGGAUGGACUCAGCUUCGUGUCCGUGAAACAGUCCAAUGUCACGCAUCCUGCACAAGGGUCACCGCAAGAGGGCACCCUUGCUGGUACCAAGGUCGAGACUUUGAACUCCAGUGUGAUACCGAAGGAUCUCGAUGUCUUGGCAUCGGCUCGGUUGCCUGGCAACAUCAUCGACUUGCUACAGUCCCCUAAUGAUAACACGUGUGCAAAGCUACAAGCCAGUUUUCUGAUCUACGCUGAUGAUACGUUGUUCCAGUCUGCUUCACUCAGAGAGCAUCGCGGCGAGAACAACUCGACUCGUAAGGUCGCUGGAUCUGUCGUCUCACUGACUGUGGAGAAUGCUGAACUUGUCAACCUCACAGAACCAGUCGUGAUUGAAUUCAAGGAGGAAUCAAACGAAGUCCACUGCGUGUCCUGGGACUUUGAGCUGGAAGAUGGAGUCGGUGAUUGGUCAACAGAUGGAUGCGCACUUGCUGAAGUGACCAAUAAGACAGUCGUGUGUAAUUGCUCUCAUGCCACCAACUUCGCAAUCCUAGUGGAUGUGAAGGGACAAGCACCUGAUGAUAAAGAUGACACUCCUGCUAAGCGAGCGCUUGAUAUCAUCAGCCAGGUUGGCGCUGCACUGUCAAUCAUAGCUCUGGCUAUCACGCUGAUCAUAUACUUAGCUAUCAGAAAAAUGCGAAGCGGCAAAUCUCGUCAGAUCUUCAUAAAUUUCUGCUUCUCAUUGUUCAUGUUGUACAUCGUUUUCGUUGCUGGCGUCGACAAUGCUAAGGGUUCCGGAGGCGGUUGUGUGUUCGUGGCUGCUUUACUCCACUACUUGACUCUGUCCACUAUGAUGUGGAUGGCCGUUGAAGCCAGGAACAUGUACGUCAGUACGGUGAAGGUGUUCCCAGAAGACACGCCUCGAUACAUGCUCAAGGCUUGCCUCAUCGCUUGGGGUAUUCCAUUGAUUGUGUUGAUUAUCACCUUGGCUGCAGCAUCACAUCACUAUGCCAACGAACAUUACUGCUUCCUUGAGCCUGGUCUUGUGCUGUACCUCGGCCUCCUCGCUCCCAUUGGUCUCAUCCUCCUCCAAAACAUCAUCACCUUCAUCUUGGUCAUGCGCAGUCUCCUGAAGGUCAAGGAGGCAUCUCGCUCCCAGCAGAUCUCAAAACGCCUCCAGAAUGCUGUGGGAAUCUCCGCCCUCAUGGGCUUGACCUGGUGUUUUGGGUUCCUGGCAAUCAACGAGGCAGCCUUUGCAUUUCAGCUCAUCUUCUGUCUGGCCAACUCCUUGCAGGGCGUGGUUGUGUUCAUCAUGUUCUGCGCUCGACGUGAGGAGGUCCGCACCACCCUGGCGCCUUACAUGAAGCGCAUCUGCUGCGGCCAUGAGUGCCGCUUGCCCACACUGCAUCCUGAAAAGUCUAACGAGUCAGAAAUGGUGUCAGCGACGGCUCACACUCUACCGUCAGCUGGGCAGACUGCAGAUAUGGAGAUCUCUGUGACAACACCGCAAUAGGAACACUACGUUGCAAUUUGAAAGAAAGGUUCACUGUCAAGGUUGAACCAUUAUUGUGUCAUACAUUUGUUACGUUCUAGGGUAGUUGGGGUAUCAUUAUAACAUGUAAAGCAGUUAUUGACGCUUCCAGAGCCCCUAAAACGUCGAGUUAUUAUGUUAAUCAUUGCAAUAACCUAUAGUGUUUUAUUUCAUAAACUGUUUAGCCAAUUGUAUAAAAUGUUUAGCAUGUUUUAAGCUGUGAUUGAUUAUAUGAUUAAAAUGUAAAGUAUUAGAUAAUAGAUAAGAAACGUACAGCUUCUAUAGAAUUAAUUGAUUAUUGUAAAAUUAUUAUUAUUAUAACAUGUAAAGCAGUUAUUGACGCUUCCAGAGCCCCUAAAACGUCGAGUUAUUAUGUUAAUCAUUGCAAUAACCUAUAGUGUUUUAUUUCAUAAACUGUUUAGCCAAUUGUAUAAAAUGUUUAGCAUGUUUUAAACUGUGAUUGAUUAUAUGAUUAAAAUGCAAAGUAUUAGAUAAUAGAUAAGAAACGUACAGCUUCUAUAGAAUUAAUUGAUUAUUGUAAAAUUAUUAUUUUUAUAACAGUUGAAAAAAAUUAGACAUUUGCGACGUUUGAUGAAAUCCGAUAAGGUGCAAACACGAGGUUGAAUUCGCUUGGGUUUUCCUUGAAGUGGCAUUACGGCCUGAAAUCCCCCUCCAUUGUUGAUGUUCAUGUCUUACUGUUCUCGAGAAAAGGGGGAGAAAAACGGUUGUUUACAUCAGACGCGACAGACAUUUGUGGCAUAACUAUUCAAUGCAGCGUAUACACGUUGUUUGUGUGUGGUACACAAUACACACAAAUACACGUCCGCCCCCGAGAUUCGUUCUGGCAUGUUUCUCGCAAGAAUAACACAAAAAUGCCCAGUUUUUAAAGGAUGGUUGUUAGGACGUUUAUAUUCUACUUUUAAAUGAUUUUUCUAUUCAAAACUAUUUCCCAAUUCAAUACUGUUUCCCAAUUGGGCGUAUUCCAGGCCAUAACUUGCUUUUGAGGCAAAUACAGUGGAAUCUUGACAAGUCAAACCUCAAGGGAACAGGUUCUAAAUUUGACUUAGCAGAGUUUUGAGUGAAUCAGGUUUGUAUAUCAUUGUUAUGCUACUGAUGGCAGUGGAUUCUUUGUUUGACUAAACAGUUGUUUUGAGUUUGAAUUAUAGUUUGAAUUAUCAGAGUUUGAAUUAUCGAGAUUUCACUAUAGUUGUAAUCGCAACCCACUUCAUGAACAUGCACGAUCAAGUUAAAGUAUUUUAUCGAGUAGGGCCUAUAGAGUAUGCAUAACAUAUUCCAGUUUUUAACAUAAUUGAUAUUUUGAGUCUGUUAAUGAUUGCUACAGCUUAUACAUAAAUUCUUUCGCAUUGUAAGGCAAUUUGAGAGUAAAUUUAGGAACUUUUAGCAUGGGGGGGGCUGCAAAACCCACCCCUAGAUCCAAUACUGGAAGUUAUAAUGCUAGACAUAACAAAAUGUUGAGCCUAAAAAUAAUUUUCAUUCGGUCGCUUGUAAUAAAGACAGUCAGAAACAGACAA